AUGGGCCGCAUCCGAUAUUGUUUCAAGCGACCGAUUCUUUUCCGCAUCGGCACGGCGGAGGAGGCCGAAGCUUCCUUGCAGAUGCUGGCGCGAACGAGGCUUGAGAACGCAGCGUAUCGCAAGCAGACGGCGAACUUCAACGACGAGGUCUCGCUGGCCGUCGUGAGAGCAUGCAUCCGAGCAGGCGUGCCGCAGAAAGCUUUGGUUGCCAUUUCCCCGACCAAUCCGUUUGGCUUGACGCCAUUGCUGGGAGCUGCACAUCUGAUCAUGAAACAUGCUGCGUCAGCCAAGGACAACUCUCUCUUGCUGUCGGCUUAUAGUCGAAUGGGAAAGGCGAAAAUUCAUCCGUCAGCCACCACCGCGGAUAUUGUCAUCGGUGCUUUACUUGCCCAAGGGGAGGAUGUCCUGGCAUCUGAACUUGCUGACAGCUUUCAACAAAAAGGGGUUUCUCUGAAGAGGGAAGUAGCAAGGAAACUUCAAGAGGCAGUUCCUUUGUUGUAA